AUGAAAGAUAACGAAUUUGUUGGAGGAAAAUUAAAAAUUAAAGGAUUAAGAAUAAAAAAAAAAAAUAAGAAAAAGAAGAGAGAGAUAAAGAGUGAUGGAAAUGAUUCUAAAUCCAUGGGAAAUAAUGAAAAUAAAUAUAACAAUGAGUAUUUUACUAAAGAAAAUAAAAACGUAAAAACAGAAAAUAAACAAGAAAACGAAUCCUUGAAUAAAAUAGAUGAUGAAGAUAAAAAAUUAAAGGAAAUAUUAGAAUCUAAUUUAACAGAAGCAGAAAAGGCAUAUAAGCUAGUAUUAAAAAAAAGAGAAAAGCAAAGAAUAGAAAAAAUCCUACAAGAAAGUUAUCGUGAACGCUUGCAAAAGUUCAACGACAACUUGGCUUCAUUAAGUGAACAUUUUGAUAUACCUAAGGUUGGCCCAGGGUAA